UAGGCAAGAGCAGAAGUCAAACCCGGGUUCGGAGUCAUGGGGGACCAUCCACGAUUCCGGCCAGAGUUCGAACUCCACCAUGAUGGCCCCUGGGACCAAAAGUUCUGCCAGACUCGAGCGCUUGCCAGCGUCCCUGCAUGAACGAAUGCAGUCUGACUCUCAGCUGUUUUCUCCGGAAAACCCCUGAUUGAUUCGUGCGGCUCUUUUCAACAGAGGCAGUUGGCGCACUUUCUGCUUGUGUUCCUUGGCUGCACCGCAGCGGGAGAAUUUCUCCUUGAAGGGUGGUGGGAACGCCAAUUGUCCAAUUUCCGGCUGUGAAAGUCUUUCUAGAACAACGAUGGCAGCAGAGGAGGGGACAGAUAUGGAGGCUAUCCUUGAUUUGACGGGAAGCCAGCUGCGCAGCUGGGAGGACAUUCUGUUGACGCCCCACCUCACGGAGUUGGACCUAACCACCAACCGGCUUACAACCAUCGACCCUGCAAUUGGCACAUUGACCAGCCUUCGCAAGCUGUCUCUGCGCCAGAACCUGCUGACCACAGAAGCGGUGGCGCCCUUGGGCCAGUACACCGCACUGCACAACUUGACCGAGCUGGUCCUCCAUGACAACAAGAUCACACAGUUGCCCGACUUGCGCCACUUUACGGCGCUAACCAGCCUGGAUGUCUCUUUCAAUGAGUUGAGUGAGCUUGCUGGAGUUGAGCAUCUGCCCUCAUCGUUGAAACAGCUCUACUUUGCCAAAAACGAGAUCGGUACCCUCCCCUCGCUUUCACACCUCUCCCACCUCGAGAUCCUGGAGCUGGGGUCCAACAAGAUCAAGGUGAUGAGCGGGCUGGGCGGUUUGCCGGCGCUCCGAGAGCUGUGGUUGGGGCGCAACAAGAUCCGCGAGAUCGACCUGGGCGGCCUGACAGGCCUGGUGCGACUCAGCCUGCAGAGCAACCGCCUCACCCACAUUGCGGGUUUGGAGGGCUGCGCAGGCCUGGAGGAACUGUACCUCUCCCACAACGGCAUCAACACUCUCGAGGGUCUGGACGGGCUGGCCCGCCUGCGGAUCCUUGACGUGAGCGCCAACAGGGUGGACCGAGUGCAGGGACUCGAACAUCUCACCAGGUUGGAGGACCUGUGGCUGAACGACAACCAGAUCCCAAGCCUAGCCGGCCUGGGCGUAGCGCUCGUCGGGUGCACCGGCACGCUGACCACGCUCUACCUCGAGAACAACCCAGCGGCGAAGGACCCGCAGUACGUACUGAAGCUGCGGGAGCAGCUGCCCAACCUGCGUCAGCUGGAUGCAAUCAUGCUGUAACUGGAACCCGGGGGAGGAGGUGGUCCACAUGGCAGCGGCUGUGGACUCAGCCACCACUGAUUUACGGCGCUCUCGAUGCACGCGUGCUUGCUAUGGGCUAGAGAUCCUUAAUCUUGUCAAACCGUUGAAGAUUCGAGCUGCUAAUUCGAUAUCGGCGCAUGCCAAUGAUUGAGCAUUUGAUCCGAUGUCCUCGCAGAUUCGGCUUUUGAUCUGCCUGCGUCGUAGUCAUUUGCGAAUUCGCCCAGGACAGGCUUCUACUCAAAAUCGUCAAUGAGUAGCGAAUUGCUUCUCUGUAUCCUCUGAUACGCUCCGAAGCAGCAGCCUGGCAGACACGCACUCGAUUGCCAGGAGGUACAUUGAACUGGGAUCAAGCUCGCACUAUUUGACCGCAGAAGAUGCAGUUAUAGGCACGAUUUAGAUCACGAUGAACGUUGUGGAGGUACUAGUCGAAUCAUGGACCUUGAAUUAAGUAAAGAGGCAACCCCAGCCUUCAUGCGGUACGUCACUGGCUGCAAGCUUGACCAUAUGUCGCGCAGAAGUUGACCGAAGUCCCUAUUUGAAAUUUCAGAGCGG